AUGGGAUCCGCUGAACAAUGGGGGAUCUUCCUCCACCGAUGUCUAAUUGAUCGGGUUGAUGCUGGAGAGUUUCGGGAUUUGACCAAAUUGUUAUCGCAACGGUUUCCCAUCACCGAAUGGGCUCUUAUUGAUACCUUGUUGGAAACGCGUCUGUUCACUAGGAUCAAGUGGGAUCCACUCGUUCCCCUGUAUGUCGACUGCCUGUGCAAGAUGGGAAAGGUCCAGAUCUCAACCGCCUUGACUUCCCUGUUAAAAUUCUCAUCCAUCCAUGACAAGCCACAAUCGCCUGGGGCAGAUGCGAACCAGUUGAAGAAGAAUUCAAAAUGCUACACUCUCAUGACCGAUAUCAGAGUUAUCCAGGAUGCAAUGCUUUCCGUCUCCACGGGAAGCGCAACGAAGACGUUAACAGAGGCUAUCCAUACCUUUUCCGCGGCUGUAGACUGGAUCCAAGCAGUUGUUUCCUGGCACAACAAUCAUAUAGACCCAAGUCAGCAAACAGGUGGGCUGAUGAGCUCUACGGAUGCUGUUCUCCUGUUUGAGUCUCUGGGCAUCUUGCUUGCUGCUUUGUCUGGGACUGCCAAGGGAUUGGAAGUUCUUUCUGCGGACUCUCACGAAGCCCUGAAGAUCCAACUUGGGCAGGCCCUUUCAGCGUAUCUUCCUCUCUGUGUUGAAGUAUCGCUCCCCCUCCGAAAUAGACUGGAUAGCUUGCAAAAAGAGUUCAGUCUGUACGGGCAACCACAGUCCAAGUCCUUGGAAGUGUCUAUGAUGGAUAAUGUCCAUGUGAAUGCCCUUCAAUUUGAGGCAUCUGUGAUAGAUGGGCCUGUCAUAAGCUCCAGAGCCGGUCUCUACGUAUAUAUAAACUCGAUGCUUUUCGGCCGUCCAUUGGUUGAUGAUAGCAUCCUGCUAAGCUAUCUUACCAAUCGCUAUGGAGGACAUUAUGAGGUCCUUAUCGAGGAGGUUAUAACGGCAUCAUUUGAUGUUCUAUCUAAUGCGAUGUACCGCAACGAAUCCGGCCGAACAAUGUUCUUGUUCCGUUCGUUCCUCGUCAAUAAGCUGCCUACCUUCUUCGCUGCCAUGUUGACAGUCUCCAUGGUGUCAUUACCAAUGGAGGUGUGUAUCAGCCAUGCUCUGAGCCGUCUUGACCCAAACGCUUUCCCAUCGUUCUCGCAAAUGUUUUCCAUGCAGGGCAACACGGUGUUGUCUGAUGUGCGACAAGAGUUUUUGUUCUCGUGUGCGUCACACAAGUUGAUUCCCGAAUCUAGCAUUGAGAGGCUCCUGGGAGAAAACCCCAUGCAGACCCUUCCUGUUGGCGGGCCAUAUAUCAAAGAUGACCUUGUGUCGCAAAUAACUUCCAAUCCUGAACGUGCAGAGCAAUUAAUCAGUGAUAUAGAGUCCACAGAAGGCAACGCAAGCGCAAUUGUUGGUGCCAUCACAGAGGUCAUGCAUAACCUUUGCAACCAAAGAGAGACAAUGACACUAAAGAACAUUUGCAACUCUCUCUCGCGCCGACCUCAAUCUCUGGAUGUAAUUUUACUGUUCCGAAGUCCAAAACAAGUGCUUCAACCACUCUGCGCUUUGCUUGAUUCGUGGCACUGGGACGAGGACCAAGGCGAGAGUCAGCCGGUGUAUGAUGAAUUUGGAAGCAUUUUGCUACUGGUGUUAACCUUCAAAUACCGAUAUGACCUACGGCCAUUUGAUCUAGGUAUCACGAGCGAGAACUCUUUCGUUCUGAGGCUAAUAGAACGUGGCUCGUGCUGCCAGAAGCUGGACGAACUUAAUGAAAAACAAAACAAAAACCUGGGAGAAUGGAUAGCGGCUCUUUUUAUUGCUGAAGGAAUCAGUGAAGAAACCAUGUCCGCCUGCAGUCCGCAGGAAUUUUACAUGCUUGUUUCCACACUCUUUAACCAAAGUCUUGGAGCAUGCGAGGCCGGGAAGCUCGAAUUCGAUACCCUCAAAGGAGGCUUUGAAUUUGUAGAUCUACUUGAGCCUUUCCUACUUCCAUCGCUUGUUUUUGCAUUGACUUGGCUGGGCAACCACAUCUGGGAGAGUGAACAAGACCCUACAAUCCCAUUGAAAACAUUGCAAUCGCUGGUGAAUCCUAGUUCAAUAUCAGGUGAAGCAAGGGAAAUUCACUUGACUGUGCUGAAUAUCACCGCACGCUCUCUUGAGGAACAGCUCAAAGAUGUUCGGGCUCGUCAUCCGUCCCGGAUGGAUAUCAAGCCUAUUCUAGACGCCCUUGAACCAUGUCUUUCUUUCCAGAGAACCGGCAGCUGCCGUAGGUCAGAGCUUGAAAGCUGGACCACGCACUCCCCGGGCGGCUUACUAGGUAGCAUUCGAAGUACCUUUCAAUCACUUGUCCUCUGGAGCACUAGUCCCGAUGUGAGCAUGGCACCCCUUUCCUACACCCACCGCCAAGUGGUUGCCGGUAUUCGGAUGUUGGGAGCGCCUCGUGUAUUCAACUCGCUGCUGGAAGAAUUGAAGCUGCAAAGCGAGGCAGGUAGUGGCGACCUCGCACUGGAUGUAGCCGCAACUAUUGUGUGUGCGCCACUUGCGGAAUCAUUCGCUGUGGAACAAAACAAUCACCACCCAGUGGAUCCUACCAAGGAGCCAGUCCCCCGGACCCCGAUCCUCACUCUCCGAGACGCACUCAACUUACAGCACGAGAAUGUCCCGAAAAUGUCCGAGAAGGACCCCUUGCGCGCGGAGGUGAUCGUGCGACUCUACCGCCGGGUGAAUUCAUUGAUGACCCCACCGGCCCAGGUCACGAACCUAGAUAUGAGCAAUAUCAUUCAGAACAUGCAGCUAGGCGUGGACACCCCGGCACCAAUGGGUCUCCACACGUCGGGGGCAGACGGCACAGGAGCCCAACAUGCCACAGCCAACAUCAACCAAAUCAUGGACAAUGCGGCGGCGGCGGUCGGCAUGGACAGCGGACAAGGGAUGGCAGGGAUGGCAGGGAUGGAGGGUAUGGGACUCGAUACCUCCGACGAAGGACUCGACCCGAGUAUCGACGAUGUGCUAAACGCAGCAGACAUGAACCCCGAGUUUCUCGAUCUAGACAUGGAGGGGAUGUUUCAAUAA